AUGACCAUGACUCACGGCACCAUUCCAAACUCUCCCCUCUGGAUCAAAGCCUGGUUCCUCAUUAGCUCGCUCGUUGUAUUGUGGGAUGCUGGCUACUGUUUGUCGAGACCCCAUAGCAUGGAAGGUGGCAAAUGGAACGCUAUAUGGCGACCUUACAACUUGUAUGCCAAGAUUGAUACGUUCUAUGGCAUUGAAGCUCUUGAAGCGCAGGAUGGAUUUACUAGUGCACAAGCUUUCAUGAACUUGGUCGAGUCAGCAUUGAACUUUGCAUACCUUGGGAUGAUCACCUAUCGACCCUUGACAAAGACUGGACAGGCCAACCUCGUGGGAUUUACAGCAGCUUCGUUGACUGUGGCCAAGACGGUGCUCUAUUGGCUUGUGGAAUUGUUUAGCGGUAUGCAGCACACAGGACACAAUGAAUUGCGUGAUUUUAUCGUUCUUUGGGUGAUUCCUAAUGGUGCAUGGAUUCUUGUCCCUGGGAUGAUUAUGGUUGCUUUGGGACGCGACUUGUUUGCUCGAUUGGAUCAGCAGCAGCAGGAUAAGAGCAAGGCAGAGUAA